UUGACUUCCGUAUAUAAAUCAUGAGCGUCGAUGCCCUGCAGCUGCAUCUCUUCUGAGUCCUGACCCCGCAUCUAACAGUGAAUAAGAUCGACAUGACAAGCAAGACCGAAAUCCUUCUCUUCGGAGCUACAGGCUAUAUCGGAGGGUCUGUCUUGAACCGCCUCCUCAGCCAUCCCAAAGCAGAUACCUUUAGUAUCACCGCGACUGUGCGCUCUCCCGAGAAGGCGAAGCUCCUGGAGAAGCUGGGAGUGAAAGCCGAGAUAGCCUCUCUCAGCGAUUUUGACAAGAUAGAGGAGCUUGCCUCGCGCGCGCAUGUCAUUUUCAACGUCGCAAAUUCGGACGACCUACCGGCCAUAAACGCACUCCUGAAGGGUGUGCGCAAGGCGUACGAGACUACCGGAGAGCUCCCCAUUCUCAUCCACACCUCGGGCACAGGCGAGAUCGCAGAGGCGGCGAACGGAGAAUACGCUGCGGAGACGGUCUAUUCAGACUUGAACGUCGAGCAGUUGAAGGCUAUUCCUGAGACGGCCUUCCACCGCAAGGUCUCCCUCGCCGUCAUCGGCGCAGACGAGCAAGGCUACACACGCUCGUACAUCAUGAUACCCGGGAUGAUAGACGGCCUUGCGUCUGGACCUGUCUUCGAGGCUGGGAUCGCGAACCCGCUCUCUAUCCAGAUUCCUGCCCUCAUCAAGCAGGCGCUGGACAGGAACCGGGCGGGCAUGAUCGGGCCUGGCAAGGCCGUCUGGUCAAUUAUCAACAUCGAGGACACCGUCGACAUGUACAUCGCGCUCUUCGAUGCUAUCAGCGCAGACCCGCAGAGUGUCGGGCACGGCUGGGAGGGCUACUACUUCGGCGUGAGCGACCACGUCUCGUUCUACGAGAUCGGGCAGGCCAUCGGACAAGCGCUCGUGGACCUCGGGCUCGCAAAAGACGCGGAACCGACGACGUUCACUGACGAAGAGCUUUUGAAGCACUGGGGAUCCGUGCUUGCGGGCAAAUAUGGAGGCACGACCUGCCGUUGCCGCGCGGAUCGUGCGCUUGCGAUGGGGUGGAAGCCGAAGUAUGCUACCAAGGACUUGUUGUUGGCGGGCAUCAAGCCUGAGGUGGAGUAUGAGUUCAAGCGCGCACAGGAGAACGGCGGGGUCGACUUUACGAAACAGAGGAAACACGGGUUGCUGUUGAAGAGCGUGUUGGAAUCGAACUGAGCGCGAGGGUGUCCCAAUCUGUGCUCGAAGCUAUGUGUCCGUGCUGCCAAUACGUCGACUCAUUCUGUGACUGUAAUACGUUCGCUUCGAGGCAUGAAAGAGCCAGACUGGGGCCAGUUGCCACUUACUGUGAUCGGUGCGUGUCACUGUGUGACAAGA